CACAUCUCAAAUUUUGGAAAGCCCUGGUGGGCUGCUCGCUUAUGCCUCACACUAAACUAAACUUAGUUUAGAUUCUUUGUGUACUGAGGAGCGAACUGAUUUUUCAGCAUCAACGACGAUUUACAAGUUUACCUUGUUCUUCAACCGCAAAUCAGCAAUUCUCGAGAGACGGCUUCCUUGUGUUCAGGAAUCUGUCAGUCUCGUUUUUUUAAUCCACAACCCCCGAAUUGUUCUCUCGGUAGCAAAAGCUUCUUCGGAGGCACUCGAGAAGCAGAUCAAGAUGUCGGGUAUCGCUUCCAAGGUAAAUUUUUCCUCCAACAAUUAACAAUAGAAAAUUUCCAAUAGUUUGGGGCUUGAAAAGAGAUGCGCCAUUCUCGCUAGUCUAUCAUUUCUGAAGUGUUUAAGAGCUUUCAAUGCUAAUAUGAUUUAUCACAGAACCUUUACGAGCUUCUCGGUACGCACGAAUUUACUUAAAUUACAAUAUAGUGGGACAAACGAAAACUGAUGAAAGUGACAUGUAGGCAACGAUCAUGAGUAUGAUUCCGACAAGGAACCAGAGCCACCAGUGAAGGCUGUCGAUAAGACUCCAGCCCGCACCACCAAGCGCAAUGCUACUGGAGAGGCACCAGCCGCUAAGGCUCCUGUAGCUGAUGGACGUGGAGCUCGUCGUGGGGGAUUCACCGGAAACGAAGGAGGUCAGUACAUGGACACUUUAUUUGGGCGCAUAUCAAUAAUCAAAGUUUGCGGCACAAUGAGCCUGGUGCGAUCAUUAUUUGGAGUCUUUACUAACAGUUGUUGUUUUUACAGCUUUCCGUGAUCGCAACGCUGGCAGCGCCAACAACCAUGGCAAGCCAGUCGAUGACUCUGUCAGAACUGACCGUCACCCAAGACAUGUUGGUGGACGUGGCCGAGGUGGUGCUCGUGGAGGUGCCAAAUUCGACCGUCACAGCCGCGGAGUCGUUGGGUAAGAAAUUUCUUUCGUGAUAGAUUUUGUAGCACAUAUGUUGAUUCUUAAAAAAGUGAUUCCGAGAAGCAAGUUGCUCAUGGCUGGGGUGCUACCGAAGGUGGCGCUGAGCUCGCUGAUGAGCAAGCAGGUGAAGCUAUCGCCAAGAACGAUGCCAAGGAAGAUGGUGAAGCACCAGCUGAUGCCGCUGCUGAAGAGCCUGAGCCAGAAGAUAACAGUGUCUCAUACGCCGAUUACCUCGCUCAAUUAGAGGAGAAGAGAGCUGCACUCAACGCUGCCACCCCUGAAGCUCGCAAGCCAGACAGCAAGGUCGACAAGAAGUGGGCCGGCGCUAAGGCUAUCACCAAGGAGGACGAGGAAGACUUCGUCGCUGGAACUGGUGGCAAGACUAAGCGUGAACGUCAACGCGCUCAAAAGCAAGUCGUUGAGAUUGAUCAACGUUAUGUUGAACCCGCUGAACGCGGUGGUAGAGGAGGUUUCCGUGGAGGUCGUGGACGUGGUGACGGACCACCACGUGGCGACAGAGGAGGUUUCCGUGGACGUGGUGAAGGUCAACGUGGACGUGCUCGUGGUGAUCGAGGCCCACCACGCCAAAGUGCCCCAAGAAACGGAGGCGCCUCUGCACCCAUCCAGAUUGAGGACCAAUCCGCUUUCCCAAGCCUUGGCGCAUAAAGUUUCAUUAUUGAAACUAAAUCUUCCGAGUUUUCAAAACAUGGCAUAACAUGAUAUGUAGAAACGAUCCCAAAAAUUUGUGUUUUACGCAAUCGUUAUAUGAGAAACAAAAAAUUUGAUCAAAAACCGGCCCUAAUUUUUUUUUUGCAUUGUGAAAUGGUUAAUGAAGGGAAUGGCCGGCUCAUGAUGAACGUACGGAG